CAGUCUGCGGGCACGGAGGCCUAUGGGAAAUGGAGUCUGGCAAAACCCAGUCCUUCUGGGGAUCGCGUUUCCGCUUCCGGUGUUUAGUGGGCAUCCGAACGCCAGGACUCCGGGUCCGGGCUGGGGGUUCGAGGGUCGUUUGGGGACGUUGCGCGGCCACGGAGAAGGUGCCACGGGCCCCGGCCCCCCGGCGUCGCAGGGCCUCGGCUGGCGCGCGCGGCUGUCACCUCGGGCCCUAGCCGCCCUCGCCGGGUGGGCGUGGCCGGACCGAAACCCAGGGUCCCGCCGCCUCGGGUCCAGGCCCCGCCGCCCCGCGAGCGGCCCCCGGGCGAGAUGCGGCCCUCGUGCUGGCGGCGCCCUCCUACGCGCCGCCCACCGGACUCGGCGGGGAGGACCCUGGCCUUGUAGCCGCUGAGGCGACCCCGUCCCCAGGGCCCGCAUUUACCCCAUAAGGCUUCCAGAGAAGGUCGCCCGCGGAGCAGAGUAGCCUUCCGGUGUAAGUCACGCUCUGCGGGCCAGUCUCCCAGUCCACGGUCAAGGGGCUGAGCCCCUGUUUAUUUCCUGCCAAACACCAGCCAUGUGACCUUGGGCAAGUCUCUGGGGGUCUCUGAGCCACGAUUGCCCAGCUUUGAGGGAGUUGAAGUCCAAGUAUUUCUUAACUGUCCCGCCAGCCCUGACAUCCCGUAUGGGUCUGUUUUUAGUAUCUCUGCUCUUAACGCUUGUAAUCCUAACCAGGGUAAAUCUCCCUGUUUGGGAGAGAGUUAUUCCAGCGCUGAGGAAUCCCGAGUGGGGUGACCAGCCAGAGGUGAGGGCAGUUUAGAGGUUGGACCCUUUGAAUCUCUGAAAGGUUAGAUAGAGCCAGCUCCACCCGGCUGCUGCUCUCCAAGGUGCUGCUACCUUGUGCGCCCUCUCGUACUUGUCCUGCCACAUUGACUUUGUCACACUCUAGUUCCAAAGACCAGUGGCUUGGGAGGGUGGGCGGCUUAUUGUCCCCAUUGUCUUCUCCAGUCCAUCCUCACUCGUCAGUGUGGAUGAGUGACAUCUUCUCGGCCUCAAGUAAAUUGCUGUGCAAACACAGCCUCAAGCCCCCCUACUUUCCAAUCAGAUCACCCGCUCUUGACCCUCCUCUUGAACUUCUGGAGCUGCUUCCCCAGUGACACAGGGCCAGACUCCACGGGCACCAGGACAUGGGGAGGGGAGGACACGAAGGCUCUUUUCUUCACCUCAGUCCUGCUGGGCUGACACUUGUGAUGGUCACUAGCAUUCACUCUGUAAUGUAUUAUCCGUGGCUCUAGGAUUUCGAGUUCUACUUAGUGACUCCUAUCUGAUGGUAGCUCCCCACUGAGGUAAAGGAAGGGCUUUGAGCUUCAGAGCCCAGUGGCAAGGUUCUUCCGUGAGCUGAACGAUGGCUGUAGCUGGGGACCCACACGUCCAGACUCCUCGAGCGCAAGAAGAGCUUCAAAGAGUGAAGCUGGAAGACGAUUCCCACUGGGAGCAGGAAAUUUCCCAAAGGAGCGACCCUGGACCAGAGACCUCCUGCCGGCGGUUUUGGCAUUUCUGCUAUCAACAAGCAUCAGGACCCCGGGAGGCCCUCAUCCAACUCCGGAAGCUCUGUCAUCAGUGGCUGAGACCAGAGAAGUGUACGAAAGAGCAGAUCCUGGAGUUGCUAGUGCUGGAACAGUUCCUGGCUGUCCUUCCUCGGGAGAUCCAGGUCUGGGUUAGACAGAAGCAUCCAGAGAGUGGAGAGGAGGCCGUGGCCCUGGUGGAAGACUUGCAGAAAGAGCCUGGGAGACGGGGGCUCCAGGCAGUGGUGAAGAACUCACAGCCAGAACCAGAUGAACAGUGGCAUCACAGUCCCGAAGAGGAACUCCCAGCCUUGCACGGGAGCGCCCUGCCUGGUCCUGGAACUCUGGGUCUUUCUCUGGAGGAGGGCGGCAGUGACCAGGGGAUGAUGCACAGCCCCCAGGAGUUGGUGACAUUCGGCGAUGUGGCUGUGUACAUCUCCCAGGAGGCACGGAGGCAGCCAGGACCUGGAUGGAGGAACCACCUGGAAGGAAGUUGGGAGAAAUCUGCAAGUGAGGUCUCGCCGGAUUUGCCAACCCCUCUACCCAGUGUCAGCUCCCAUGUGGAGCAGGAGGAGGACCCAUGGAGGCGUGAUCUUCAGUGUCCCGGAGAGGAGAACGCCAGCGACUCCGCAGCGGGCGGGGGGAGAGGCCAGCCUGGCCAUGUGCCCGUCCUGAGAAAAGCCAAGAUGUGGGACGAACUGGAGUUGCAGGGCCUGGAGGAUGAGAAGGUGGCAGGGGUGCACUGGGGCUAUGAGGAAACCAAGACUUUUUUGGGAAUUCUCAGUGAGUCUUGGAUCCACGAGAAACUGCGCACCUGCCAUCGGAACCGCCAGGUGUACCGGCUGGUGGCCGAGCGGCUGCGGGAGCGCGGCUUCCCGCGGACCCUGGAACAGUGUCGCUACCGGUUCAAAAACCUCCAGACCCACUACCGCAAAGCCAGGAGCACGCACGCCCCGGGCACCUGCCCCUUCUAUCGUGAGAUGGACGCCCUGAUGUGCCCACGGGCCGCCACCCCGCUUCCAGAGGUGGCAGGGGCUCUUCUUGGGCACAGGGCCUGUGAUGUGGAGCAUGCAGAGCUUCAGGGGCGCCGCUGGGGACAGGAGGAGGCAGUGCUGGCUGAGGCUGUGUUGGAAGGCAGGGCAGAGAAGCAGGGGCCGGACCCCGGCCACACAACAGCAUCUGUAGAAGAAGGGCAUUUAGGAGCCGUCACAGAGGAUUCUGAGGGGGAAGAACUGGGGGUCGAAGAAGUGUCUGGAAGCCCUGGAAUCCCAGCCCUGUUUCGGAGUCCGGCUGGUGUGCACUGGGGCUACGAAGAAACCAAAAUUUUCCUGGGGAUUCUCGGUGAGCCCUACAUUCACGAGAAACUGCGCACCUGCCAUCGGAACCGCCAGGUGUACCGGCUGGUGGCCGAGCGGCUGCGGGAGCGCGGCUUCCCGCGGACCCUGGAACAGUGUCGCUACCGGUUCAAAAACCUCCAGACCCACUACCGCAAAGCCAGGAGCACGCACGCCCCGGGCACCUGCCCCUUCUAUCGUGAGAUGGACGCCCUGAUGAGCCCCUGGACCCUUGCCAGCACCUUUGAUGCCUUCGAGGUGGCAGGAGGCCUCCUGCGGAAUAGAGGGGGCUCCGAAGAGAACCGGAAGGCCGUGCUGGAAGGUGUGACGGGAGACGGUAGCGAACCGGCAGAGGAGCCCCGAGAGGAGCCCAAGAGCCGUGGCCCCCAGGCUCUGAGGGGGAAUCCCAGUGGACUUCCAGUCCGCCAGCCAGACGGGGUCUCGAGGCCAGAGAGAAGUGAAGAGCUUUGGAAUGACGAUCCCCGGGACUUCCGGAAAACUUCCUGUGCAGAUCUUGAAACAAGGACAGAGAAUGAGGAGAAUUCAAGCCAGAACAUUUCAGAGGAAGCAGAACUGCCGGGGGCAUUAUUAGAAAGACCCAAAGUGGAUAUUUCCCAGUACCUUGCCUGGAGGAGAGACUGGGAAGGCAAAUAUGGGGCACAAAAGCAAUGGGAGGUACCCUUAGAAGAUGGACGAGGGUCACUCUCCCCUCCAGAAAGAGACGCAGGGAAAUUCAUAGGUCCUCAGGGAACCUACGUAGGAGAAAAAUCCUAUCCAUGCUGUGAAUAUGGGGAAAAUUUCAGCCAGAGCUCCCACUUAGCUGUCCACCAGUUAGCCCACAUCGGAGAAAAGAAACCUUUUAGGUGUGGCCGUUGUGGGAAAAGCUUUGGCCGAAGCUCACACCUGGUCUGCCACCAGAGAACCCACACCGGGGAGAAGCCCUACAAAUGCCCCGAAUGUGGGAAAGGCUUCAGUGAUCAUUCUAACCUCACAGCACACCAGAGAAUCCACACUGGAGAAAAGCCCUAUAAAUGUGGAGAGUGCUGGCAGAGCUUCAACCAGAGCUCCAGCCUCCUGAUGCACCAGAGAGUCCACACAGGAGAGAAACCCCACAAGUGCAGUGAGUGUGGAAAGAGUUUCACUAAGAGCUCGCACUUCAGUGCGCACUGGCGAACGCACACUGGUGAAAAGCCCUACCAGUGCCCUGAGUGCGGGAAGAAGUUCAGUAAGAGUUCCACGCUCACCAGCCACCAGAGGAUCCACACAGGAGAGAAGCCCUAUGAGUGUCUCGAGUGUGGCAAAAGUUUCAGUGACCGCUCAAACCUCAUUACCCACCGGCGAAUUCACACUGGAGAGAGGCCCUACAAGUGUGGCGAAUGUGGGAAGAGCUUUAAUCAGAGCUCAAGUCUCAUCAUACACCAGAGGACCCACACGGGAGAGAAGCCCUACGAAUGCGGUGCCUGUGGGAGGCAAUUUAACAACAGUUCGCAUUUCAGCGCGCAUCGGAGAACCCAUGUGGGCGAGAGGCUCUAAACGUCUUUAAGAAGCAUCAAAUCUAGAAGCACCACAGAAUCUGUUCUAAGAAAGGUCUGUAUGGUCCUUGAUUCUAUACCACGACCCCCACAGGAGACCAGGGGUUUAGGUCCCAGUUCGGUAGAGGUCAUUGUGUUUCUCUCACUGAAAACUCAGCUGGCUUACGGAAUACUACUCAGGGCUUGCUUAUCCGCACUAUUGAAAUGGAAGCUAAUUUCCAGAGAAUUCAGAGACUCAUUCUGAAUUGGACUGUAUCACCAUCACGAUAGGUAUCCAUUAGGAUUCUGUGCCUUAACUUCCACAGCUUGGUAAUAUGAGGGUGAGACUCUUGUCCCCAAGACCCCCCUUCAAGGACAGAGGAGGCCCGCCCCACGGUGCUCAUGGCAUUAACGGUGGCCGGCUCCGCCACAGGGCCGGUAGUGGCUGAGCUCUUUCUUCUCAGCACUGGGCAGCUAGAUGGGGAUUUAUUAACUGAGCACAUUUUUCAAGGUCUUCCACGGUUCUCCCUGUGGAGGGUGGGGCCCGCGAACCGUCUCCAUUUCUCUACGUGCUUCUUACCCCAAGAGGAGAGCACUCUGUCGUGUCAUUUGGAGAAGGAAAGGUCAGUGCUCCAGGUUGGCUUUCUAAACCAUGACCUACUCUUCCUCUCGACAUGUUAGGUUGAGCCAUAGGAGACUGGCAUCUUUGAGGUAUACAACCAGCAAUUAAUAGGACUCGACCUAAGCAGAUGUCUUGCAGGGUAGAACCGCUCCAAAUUGCCAGCAGUGCUGCCGGUGAGCCCUACGGCCCACACGGUGCCCUAAAAACAUAACACCGGGUCUAGGAGAUCACGAACAGGAUGAUGAAAUGGGGAAAGCCUUUUCCGUUUGCAAGUACGUCCGGAGCAAUGACCACUAACCUUGGCAGCGGUUAAGAAGGAGGCCGGGUUGGAGGAGCCGCCGCUCCAUCCCCGGCCUCAGGGGAGGCCGCGUGCAGGCGCACAGGUCCUGGAGAUCUGGGGUGUCUCCGAGUGAGCAGAGCACAGCCCCUGGAGGGACUCUGACACACGCAGCCAAUGGUGCUUAGAAAGAAACGGGAUACGGUUUCUCGCUCUAGUUUCUCCUUCGUGCAUUUGGCUUGAAAAUAUUUUCCCCCAACCUUCCAGAAACCCACCAGUUAUAAAACAAAGCACAGUCUACACAUGUCACGGUUUCAUAUCGUUAGAUUUAUAGAAUACGAUUAAGUAAGGAGUCUUUUCUAACGAACAUAAAAGAACCUAUUCAAGUAAGUGUUGUCCGUCAAAAGCGGCCGUUCUGACGGGCUGUGAACUCUGUUUGUUGUUGCCAUUACUGAAAACAUUGAGUUUUCCUCUGAGAAUUGUCUUCAGACCACCUUAGAAGGCCUCCUAUCGAUGUAGUUCUAGCACAGAGUAGUGUCCGGCAUGGAAGAAAGGCUUAAUAAACACUGGCAGAACGAACAGCGUGUUUAUUAUCUGGCCCGGUCACCUCUCUUAUCCGUGAGACUUGUCUCUGCCCAGUAUCUGCUAUCUGGAGCCAGAAGUCCUUCGAAGGAUGUCAGUUUGCUGCCACUGAGGACACUUCGGAGAGCCUGUUUUUGGAGAUCGUUUUCAAAGAGGUAUCCCAGAAAUCUGGGUUCAGAAUUUUUUUUAUACGGCCAGGAAAUAAAUGUGAUAUGUAUUCUUUUAAAUCA